AUGGCCAUGUGGAGGACAGUGGGAGCUCUGCUGCUAAUCUUGAAUGCUGUGUUUUGCCAGAGCAAUAUCAGAUGGUGCACCAUCUCAGACGCGGAGCAGAGGAAAUGUCAGGAUAUGUCGAAGGCUUUGGCCGCCAUCUCCAUCCGUCCAUCCCUCAGCUGUGUCAGUGCAACCAGCGCCGAGAACUGUGUUCAGAAACUGCAGAAUAAACAAGCCGAUGCCCUGUCCAUGUCUGCCUCUGACAUCUACAAACUGGGCAAGACUACCUCCCUCAAGAUGGCUGCGGGUGAAUCAAAGUCUGACGGUACCGGUGCCACCUACUAUGCAGUUGCAGUGGUGAAGAAAACGAAGCCUGGCAUCAACAUCAACAACCUGCAAGGAAGAAAUAGCUGCCACACCGGGAAACGCAGAACAGCCGGCUGGAACAUGCCUUUGGGAUAUUUAAUCGACCAGGGAUACAUAUCUGUGAUGGGCUGCAACAUCCCACAGGGUGUGGCGAAUUUCUUCAAUGCCAGCUGUAUCCCCGGAGCAAACGAGCCCGGUGACCCUGCCUCCCUGUGUGAGCGGUGUGUGGGAGACGCUGCCGGAAAUCACAAAUGUGAGUGGGGCAACAACGAGAGAUACUUCAGCUAUCAUGGAGCCUUCAGGUGCAUGGUAGAAGAUGGUGGAGAUGUGGCUUUCGUCAAACACACAACUGUCGAGGAGAACACUGAUGGUAAAGGCCCAGAAUGGGCAGGAACACUGAAGUCAUCAGACUAUGAGCUGCUGUGUCGUGACGGCACCAGAGCUUCUAUUGAUAGGUGGAGAACCUGCCAUCUGGUCCGCGUCCCAGCUCGUGGUAUUGUGGUCGGCAAUCACGUUACUCCCUCUGUGGUGUACAGCAUGCUGAAGGAGGGGCUGGACAAGUCUGGCUUCAACAUGUUUUCCUCUACUGCAUAUGGAGGAGGAACGGUGCUCUUCUCUGAGUCCUCCUCCAUGUUUCAGCAGGCUGGGUCAGAGGACCCCAAAAAGUGGAUGGGUCCCCACUAUUAUAAUGCUCUGAGUGCCAUGGGCUGUACCAUGACAGACCCCCUGCGCUGGUGUGUUUUGUCCAGCGGAGAGCAGAAAAAGUGCACAGACAUGGCCGAUGCCUUCAGAGUGAAAGGCCUGGUUCCACAGAUCCAGUGUGUCUAUGGGGACUCUGUGACUCACUGCUUGAAGAAAAUCAAGAACAACGAGGCUGAUGCCAUCACUUUGGAUGGAGGCUACAUCUACGAUGCAGGCAAAGACUUUGGCUUGGUCCCUGCAACCGGCGAGAGCUACACAGAGGAUCGCGACGGCUCUAUUUACUAUGCAGUUGCAGUGGUGAAGAAGACUAGCUCUGACAUCAAUAAAAUUAGCGACCUACGAGGCCGUCGCUCCUGUCACACUGGAGUGGGCCGUACGGCUGGCUGGAACGUUCCUGUAGCAAUGCUGAUUGAGAGAGGCCUGAUCAACCCCAAAAACUGCGAGAUACCCAAAGCGGUGGGAGGGUACUUCAAGGAGAGUUGCAUACCAGGCGCCAACCAGCCCGGUUACCCAAGCAACCUGUGUGGUUUGUGUGUGGGUGAUGACUCAGGGAGUAACAAAUGUGAGAAGGGAAAAGACCGGUAUGAUGGAUACGACGGCGCCUUCAGGUGUCUGGCAGCGGGAGAUGGUGAUGUGGCUUUCAUCAAACAGGCCACAAUCUUCCAAUACACUGAUGGUAACUCAGCUGAACCAUGGGCAAUGAAUCUCCUGUCCAAAGACUUCCAGCUGCUCUGUGCCCAGGACAGCAAAGCCGAGGUCACGCAGUACAGAAACUGUCACCUGGCCAGAGUCCCCUCCCACGCUGUGAUGGUGCGCCCGGAAACCAACAUCUACGCUCUCUAUGGACUCCUGGACAGCGCACAGAGAUAUUUUAGCAGUGACACUGGUAAUGCUUUCAAGAUGUUUGACUCAACGAAUUACAAUGGCAAAGAUCUCAUCUUCAAAGACUCCACCAUUCGUAUGGUGGGUGUUGCUGACAGGAAGACCUACCAGGAGUGGCUGGGCCAGGGCUACAUGGACGCACUGGAGAACAUGGAGUGUAACUCAUCGACUGCAGUGAUCUCCUCUGCAUGGUUGCUUCUGGUGGCGCUCCUCAGCACCAUGCUGACCACCCUCUGGAUGUAA